GUUAAUGUCAACUGUCAUUACCGUCGACAAAACGUCACUUCAGCCGAUUUGGUCAUCAAAUAGAUGCCGUUGCCGCUGCUUCUGUGUUUAUUUUCACUCGAUAAAUUCUGAUAAGUUAACCCAUAAAUUGCGAUGGCGGCACUGCUUAAGAAGAGGGCUUUGGCUGAAUACAAUAAAUCUUUUCAGGAUGGUCCGCCAUCUAAAAAGUUGCACAUAGUUAAGAAGCCACUUAUAGGAAGUUCUGCUGCUGCAUUCGUAGGUUUACUAGAGAAAUGUAAGUCUAGUGAAGAGGCGCUGCAGCUGUUGCUGCGCAUAUCGGACUGCCUGCAGUUCCAGGAAUCUGAUGUAGAGGAGGCCAUCAAGAAGCUUUCAGAGCACUUUCAGUCGGAAGAAGACUCUGUGGUUAGAGUCAAGAUACUGUGGCUAUUCUGUGACAUCGGGCUAGAGUGUCCUGUUGCUAACCUCAACAACUUGAUUGAUCUGACCACACUCCUCAUCAAGAAUGAGACAUCACACAAGGUCAUAGCGCAAGGUCUCGCCACCUUACUAAAACUGGGAGGUAAACUGUCCGAUGACAAGAUCCUCAUGAUGCGGCUGGUGUCCGUGGCCCGGGAGAACCUGAAGGAUACGAGCCACCAGGUGAAGUGCCGCUGCCUCCAGCUCAUCAGCGAGCUCUACCCUCUGUGCCCUGAAAUCGACAGAACAUUAGAAACCAUAGCUGAGGCUGAUGCUGUGGUUAAACUACUUGCGGAGUAUUCUAAUGCUGAGGACGCGCGUGUGCGGUGCGAAGCAUUCCAGUCACUGCUGACUUUCCACGAGCGCGGGCACGUGCUGAGCGCUGUGCACUACGAGCAGGCGUGCCAGGCGCUCAGCGACGACUACGAAAUCGUGCGCGAGGUCGCCCUCAAACUCGUCUGGCUGCUAGGAAACAAGUAUCCGGAGAACACAAUCACGAUGUCGGAUGGCGAGACGAAGAUGCGCAUGGUGGACGACGCGUUCAUCCGCAUCUGCUCGGCGGUGAACGACCUGUGCAUGCAGGUGCGCGCGCUGGCCUGCUCGCUGCUCGGCACCACGCGCGGCGUCUCCGACCGCUUCCUGCUGCAGACACUCGACAAGCAGCUCAUGAGUAACAUGAAGAGGAAGCGCACGGCGCACGAGCGCGGCGCGGAGCUGGUGCGGUCGGGCGCGUGGGCCAGCGGGCGGCGCUGGGCCGACGACGCGCCCGGCCAGCUGGUCGAGACGCACGCCGUGCAGCUGCUGCCGGGCGGCGCGGCCGGCGCCUUCGUGCACGGGCUCGAGGACGAGCUCAUGGAGGUCCGCACGGCAGCAGUGGACGCGGUGUGCCAGCUGUCGAUGGAGAACGCCGUGUUCGCGACCACGUCGCUGGACUUCCUGGUGGACAUGUUCAACGACGAGAUCGAGGACGUGCGCCUGCGCGCCAUCGACAGCCUCACGCGCAUCGCGCACCACAUCGUGCUCCGCGAGGACCAGCUCGAGACCAUCCUGGGGGCCCUCGAGGAUUUCUCGAUGGACGUCCGUGAAGGGCUGCACAGGAUGCUCGGCGCCUGCAGCGUUUCAUCCAAGACUUGUCUCGAAAUGUGCAUCGACAAAAUACUGGAAAACCUUAAGAGAUAUCCUCAGGACAAGCGGUCCACGUUCCGCUGCAUGCAGCGCAUGGGCGGCGCGCACGCCACGCUGGUGCUGCCGCUGACGGCGCGCCUGCUGGCCGUGCACCCCUUCUUCCACAUGCCCGAGCCCGACGUCGAGGACCCGGCCUAUAUGUGCGUCCUGAUCCUGACGUUGAACGCGGCGGCUAAGUGCACCACCAUGCUGCCGCUGUUUGAGGAGCACACCAUCAAGCACUACACCUACCUGCGCGACACCAUGCCACACCUCGUGCCGCACCUGCCCAUAGGUGAAGCGAAGCUAACGAGCGUCAAGAGUGAGGCGGGGCUGGACGACAGCGCGGUGCGGCGGUUCUUCGCGACCGUGCUGCGGCACACGGACAACAGCGCGCUGUCGCCGCGCGUGCGGCUCGCCAUGCUGCGCGCCGCCGAGGAGCAGCUCGACCGGCUGGCGGAGAUGGAGCCGCUGUUCGCGGGCGCGGCGGUGUUCUCGGCGCUGUUCGCGCGCUGCGUGCGCGCGCUGCACGGCGCGCUGGCCGCGCCCGACGGCCCGCCCGCGCACGCGCUCUCCGCGCUCGCGCAGGACACGCUCAGACUGCAGCACCAGUUCAGCGGGGUGACGGAGCAGGCCCGCGCGUGCGUGGGGCAGCUGGCGCUGCGCGUGACGGCGGCGCGGCUGUGCGCGGCGGCCGGCGGCGCCGCGCCCGCGCCCGCCGCGCUCUCCGCGCAGGCCGCGCUCACGCACCAGGCCGAGCUGCUCGACCGACAGCUGGCCGCGGCGGGAGUGGAGCCGGACCCGUUCACGAUCGGCGUGUUCCAGCAGCUGUCGCUGGGCGCCGACAACAAGCCGCUGGCGCUGGCGCGUGCGCUGCUGCCGCUGCUGCACGCCGCGCCGCUGCCGGUCAUCCCGCCACCCAGCGUCGACAUCCGCAUGUGCACGGCGACGAUAAUCGAGCCGGCGAGCGACAGCGACACGGUGCUGCGGUUCAGCGCCGGGCUGGCGGGCGGUGCGGCGCUGGAGGCCGAGGUGCUCCGCGUGCGCGACCCGGCGGCGCUGCGCGUCCGGGUGGCCUACCCCGACCGCCAGGCGCACGCGCUGGCGCCGCCGCGCGACCAUCUGCGCCCGCUCGACCACCAUACCACCAACGACGACGGCACGGUGAAUGUGCGCCUGCUGACGAAGGUGCUGAUCUCGCACGGCGUGUGGACGGAGUCGUGCGGCGUGGACGUGUCGGUGUGCCUGGCCGUGGACGAGGGCGCGGGCCGCGACGCCGCGCCGCUGGUGGAGCUGUGCCGCCCCGUGCGCAUCACCGUGGCGCCCAAGCCCAUCAAACGCGGUCUCUAGUACCCGACACGUAGACCGCUCCCGAAGCGCACGCGCCGUCUCCCAUCACGGAGACAUUCAGUGUAAUUGUGCGACAAUACAAGCGUGCAGUGACAGAAUAUAUCAUGUCUUGUCAGCAGAUAUAUGCAACAUUGCAUUGAUAUAUUCGUUAGUGAAUGUGAAACUAUAAAAUUUACGUAAAGGCGCGAAAUUAAUACGUGAAUAUUAAUUUUUUUUUACUUGUUUUAUAUUACUUAUUCUUAGGUAACAUAAUGGUGGUGUGAAUCCCCGUAGUGCCUGAGAGUAAGUGUUAUUUCAAAAUUAAUAUUUUAAUCCUGCUAAAAAUUAAAAAUUUAUUAUAUUUGCUAAAAAAUACCAAAUGUAAUAAAGUUUCCAAUAUCCUCCUAAUAUAAGGUGAAGCACACCAAAAAAAUUACAGUUGAAUAUAAAUUCAAUAGUGCAGUAAUAUGUUUUUCUCGAACUUGCAAUGAAAUGUUGACAUGACUAACUUCAAAUUAGGUCCGGAAAUACUACCUAAACUCUGUGCGGAAAGAGAAGAAGUGCAGAGAGAGAAUUCGUAGAAUGUAUGGGGCCCAAUAAGAGAAGAUGAUGUUUAAAGGAAUUUCAUACAGCCUUAGGGUGCCUUUUGACCAGAGAUGUGCUAUGCUUGCGUUUCAAAUGUAUGAACACAUAGCAUAGCACAUCUCUCGUCGAAAGGCACCCUUACACACCCUGUAAACAACCUUCUUUUAUUUUUAAACGUCAAACCAUGACAACGUCUUGGCAUUCAACCAUCCAGUAGUAGAUUCUUACAGGCUAACGCAACUAGGAACAAAAAAAGUUUUAUAUAGGGACCGUGCGCGUUGGAGGAUCUGCCAUCUUGUGGCCUGAAUCGGAACAAUAAAUAGGUUCCGCAUCGAUAAAAAUGGGUUGCAUAAAUCAGAUAAAAAAGUGGAAGCCAUUCUUAAUUGUGAGUGUCCUAAGAAUGUGAGCGAACUCAAGUCUUUUUUGGGCAUGAUUGGAUUUUAUAGAUGUUUUGUUCCAAAUACGUCCAGUAUACUUGACCCCUUACACUUAUUACUAAAAAAAGGUGAAAAGUGGAAAUGGGGCCAAGAGCAACAGGAAGCUUUUAACAAAAUCAAGUACGAAUUAGCGUCCGAUCGGGUGCUGGCGCACUAUGACCCCGACCUGCCGACCGUGGUCACCGCAGACGCGGGCCCGCGCGGGUUGGCCGGCGUGCUAGCACAACGGCAGCGCGACGGCACCGAGCGUGUAGUGGCCUACGCUUCGCGAUCACUUUCUAAGGCAGAACGUAACUAUGUUCAAGUUCAGAAAGAGGCCGCAACUCUCGUUUUUUCAAUCAAGAAAUUUCAUUAUUAUAUAUAUGGUCGAUAGGUUCCAUUUACCUUGCGCACGGAUCACAAACCGCUUUUGUCAAUCUUUGGCAGCAAAAAGGGCGUACCUGAACUAGCGGCUAACCGUUUGCAACGGUAUGCGUUGUUCUUAUCGGCAUAUAACUUUAAUAUAGAAUAUGUUAAGGGAGAACACAACGUAGCCGAUUUUUGUCCCGUUCAGUCAAUUUUGAUCCGCGGGAUAACCUAGAACCCCAAAACGAACAUGAUAAAGCCAUGUACAUAAAUUUUAUAUCGGAUUCGAUUUUAAUGCCGCUUAGUGUUGUUGAUAUUCAAAAGGAAACCGCGAACGAUGCAGUUCUUAAUAAGAACACAAUACAUAACACAUAAUUAACGGUUGGCCGGCUAAAAUGCCAUAUGUUGAUUUAAAACCAUAUUUCGCUUGUCGUUUAGAGCUGUCAUUGGAAAAUGGAUGCAUUUUAAGAGGCCAUAAGGUCGUAAUUCCCUCAGUGUACAGAGAACAAAUUGCUGACAGAAUUGCAUAGCUCUCAUUUCGGAAUGGUAAAAACUAAAGCGGAAGCCCGAGCGCGAAUGUGGUGGCCACAUAUAGAUAGAGAUAUUGAGGACAAAAUUGCCAAAAACAGUCAAAGUGGCCAAAAAGUUCGGUACACCAUACUAAAUAUAUGGUGUACCGAACUAUUUGGCUACUUUGGUUGCUACAAAGUAUUUGACGCUGACUGUACAUGUAAUAUUUGGCUUGCAUUACGCAGUGACCCUCCCCGCGCACCGCUAGCACCGUGGCCCUACACGGCCCAUCCUUGGGAGCGCGUUUUUCAAAUUUGCCGCGUAUUUCUACUGACAAGAUUUGCUUGACCGAGUAUACCUAAUAUAUAAGUAUUUAUAAAUGCAUAGAAAACGCCCAUGACUAAGGAACAAAUAUUCAUGCUCAUCACAUCAAUAAAUGUCCGUACCAGGAUUUGAACCUGGGACCAUCGGCUUCAUAGGCAGAGUCACUGCCAACUAGGCCAGACCGGUUCUCAUGAUUAACAGACAUAUAAAUACAUAAAAAGUUAGAGCAUUGAUAAAGGGUUGUUGAUAACUGGAUUCCAAAAAACAUGAUUUAUAGAUGCAUAUUAGCGCUAAAUAAUCAGUUGAUCAUCUCAUUAGUCAUUAGCAAACACUUAAAGUCAUGUUUGUCCAUGGCUGUAUGUUUUCAGAUGUAGGCAGUGGAUCAAAUUUGUUGGGAACGAAGAUCUGAUACAUCUUCCCAUAGAAAAGUUACAUUUAUUGAAACAUGUAUGUGCAGAUCAUUUUGAAAAUAGAGCUUU